ACUGAAACAGAAGCGUCUCUGAACCUUCACACAGACUCCGACCUGGAGCCCCUCCCCCACUCCCCGGCAUAUAGAGCUCCCCCUGCAGCAGAGAGUCUUCAGAGAUUCUACGGAGCUAAUGAUGAAGGUGUGUGUUCUGCUCCUGGUUCCGGUGCUGCUCGCCGGGGUCCAGGCCCGCUCCCCGUACCAGGCCGUCCUGCAGCACAGCCGCAUCCGGGGCCGCCAGCAGGGGCCUCAGAGUCUGCGUCCUGCUCUCCCUCUGUCCUGCGCUCUUAAUCUGAAGGUCUUCUGGAGCUUUGUUGUUUACAAAGUUACCAUGCUUCCUGCUCCUCCCCCUAUUCUUCCUGCUCCUCCCCCUCUUCUUCCUGCUCCUCGCCCUCUUCUUCCUGCUCCUCCUCCUCUUCUUCCUCUUCUUCCUGCUCCUCCCCCUCUUCUUCCUGCUCCUCCUCCUCUUCUUCCUCUUCUUCCUGCUCCUCCCCCUCUUCUUCCUGCUCCUCCCCCUAUUCUUCCUGCUCCUCCCCCUCUUCUUCCUGCUCCUCACCCUCUUCUUCCUGCUCCUCCUCUUCUUCCUCUUCUUCCUGCUCCUCCCCCUCUUCUUCCUGCUCCUCCUCCUCUUCUUCCUCUUCUUCCUGCUCCUCCCCCUCUUCUUCCUGCUGCUCCUCCCCAUCUUCCUGCUCCUCCUCCUCCUCCUCCCCUACUUCCUCCUGCUCCUCCUCUUUUCAGGGUGAUCACCUAUGAAUGCUGUCCAGGUUAUGAGAAGAUUCCCGGGGAGAAGGGCUGUCCUGCAGCGCUGCCUCUGGUGAACAUAUACAACACGUUGGGUGUGGUGGGGGCCUCCACCACUCAGAUGUACUCAGAGAGAGCUCAGCUGAAGCCGGAGGUGGAAGGACCCGGAAGCUUCACCUUCUUCGCCCCCAGCAACGAGGCCUGGGCCGCCCUGCCCACCGAGAUCCUGGACGCUCUGGUGAGUAACGUGAACAUCGAGCUCCUGAACGCGCUGCACUACCACAUGGUGGACCGGAGGCUGACCUCAGAGGAGCUGAAGCACGGAGCCUCCUUCCCCUCCAUGUACCAGGACUUCCACGUUCACAUCCACCACUACAGCAACGGGGUGGUGACGGUGAACUGCGCUCGGCUCAUCAAACCUGACCAACACGCCACCAACGGCAUCGUGCACGUGGUGGACCGCGUCAUCACCGCCAUCUCCAGCAAUGUGAACACGCUGCUGGAGGUGGACGACGACCUGGAGACGCUGCGGACAGCGAUGGCGGCGGCAGGACUCAGCACGAUGCUGGAGGCGGACGGCCAGUACACCGUCUUCGCCCCGACCAACGAAGCCUUCGAGAAGAUCCCCAAGGAGACCCUGAACCGGAUCCUGGGGGACCCCGUGGCUCUUAGAGACCUGCUGAAUUACCACAUCCUAAAGCACAUGCAGUGUGCCGAGUCCAUCGUGUCCGGGACCCCCAUGGAGACCCUGCAGGGCACCGUAUUGGAGGUGGGCUGCGAUGGAGAAGGACUUUCGGUCUGCACCAAAGUUGUUCUGGAAAACCGGGACACAUUAUUGACAAACGUUUGAGAACCACUGGCCUACAACUGUGAGCUGCUGACCCCUGACUCAGCCAAGGUCCUGCUGGAGCUGGCUGAGGGGUCGGCUGUUGCCACCGCCACCAAACUGUUUGUGGAGGCGGGUCUGACCUCCCACCUGACGGGCUCCGAACCCCUGACCAUGCUAUCCCCGCUGGACGCUGCAUUCAUAGGAAGUGACACAGCGAUGACUCCCGAUAUGAGGAAGCUGAUGACCAAUCACCUGCUGAGGACGCAGCUGUCCUCCAAGUCUCUGUACCAUGGCCAGGAGCUCGAGACACUGGGGGGCAUCAAGCUGCGAGUGUUCGUCUACAGGAACAACCUGUGCAUUGAGAAUGCCUGCAUCGCGGCUCAUGAUAAGAUGGGACGCUACGCCACCAUGUUCACUGUGGACAAAGUCCUCACCCCCCCAAUGGGCACAGUCAUGGACGUCCUGAAGGCCGACAACCGCUUCAGUGUUCUGGUGGGCGCUGUGCAGACCGCUGGGUUGACGGAGCUGCUGAACCAGCAGGGGGCGCUCACUUUUUUCGCCCCGACCAAUGAGGCGUUCGCGGCCCUCCCCCCCCCCGACCGCAGUCGGCUUCUGCGUGACCCUCAGCAGCUGUCCUCUCUGCUUCGUCUGCACCUGGGGGAGGGUCUUCUGGUCAGUGGGGGGGUCAGCUCCCACACCAGAGUGAAGCCUCUGCAGGGGGAGAGACUGGAGCUGGGCGUGAGGAACUACACGGUGUACGUUAACCGGGUCCCGGUGGCGGCCGCUGAUCUGAUGGCGACCAACGGCGUGGUCCACGCUGUCAACACCAUCAUCAAACCCAUGCCUCCUAAGGUGGACAGAGUGCAGAGUGAUGGUCCUGCAGAUCCCGCCUCCUCCAGGGCUGACUCCAGGAGCUUCAGGAACGACGAUCUGUUCAGGAAGGUUCUCAGCAGCCACUCCAGCAGAGCCAUGAAGCAGUAACAGGAAGUCCUCCUGAGGUCAGCUGACUCACUCACAUCAACAGGAAGUGUGACAGCGCCCCCUGCUGCUCAGAUCUCACUCACAUUAUAUCACUGUCCUCCUCCUCCUCCUCACUUCAUAUUUUAUGGACAUGAUGUGCUGUUCAUCAGAAUUUUAUUUACUGUUUGAAAUAUUUUCUUUAGAUGUGUCUCUGAUAUCUGGUGUGUCUCCAUGGAUACAUGAGAUCUGCUCCGCCCCAUUGUGGAUAAUCAUUAUAGUCAGAGGUGAUUGAUGAGCGGGAAGGUCUGCUGAAAGGCAUUCUGGGAGAUGAAGUCACCGAGGCCUCAGGAUGUUGACUCAUCAGUUUGUGCAGCGGAGAAAUGCUUUUAAUUCUUUUACCGACUCCGAGUUCCUCAGACGUCUAAUAAAUCUCCAACCAAACUGAUUCUGAUUCUCCUUUUGUAAAAUAAAACCUGAGAAAACA